ACAAGUGUCUCGCUCUCAAGGCAAGCUUCUUCUAUUCAAACUAACUGUUUUCUCCUUUUUUUUCAUUUCAUUUAAUUUCUCUUUUUUGAUUUGUCUGACAGAUAAUUCGUUUAUGUUCACCAGGUGUUCUCAGAGAAAUAAAGAUCAACCUAUUAGCAUAGUCUGUCAACCGUUUCCUGAUUCCUACAUGCGCCUGUAAAGUGCAAACCUCUUCUUUUUGGGUCACAAUGAUUUCGAAGAACACCUCGUUUUGUGGCUUCCUGAUACUUGUUCUCGCAACAUGUAUGUCAGCUCAAUUUGUAUCAAAUGAAAGCAUAAAGCUACACGACAUAUUAAAACCGUCAGCUACUCAUCGGUUAUUCGAUACACUGCAAUACUCAGUAGAAGAACAAUAUUCAGAUUCACAUCUCUCUUUUGAUGUAUCCACUAUUUACAACUACUCCGAGAAACCCAUAUCUAUUGGAAAGUUGAACAAAAAAUACAGAGACAUAUUGUUUGAAGGAGACAUGGCGAUUAGUUAUAAACAACUGAGUAUGAUAGUCAAUGGAUCCACAGAAUAUCGAAAAGCCAUUAAAUCACGUCGUAGAGGCAAUAAAAUAAAUGGAGAAUCAACUGAUAGGACGAAAAGACAAGCAUACUUAGACAACAAUUAUCCGGCAACUAUCUGGAAGAAUGGUGUUGCUUUCAUGUUUCACGAGUCUCUCACGCCCAUUGCGAAAACAGCUAUUUUGAAAGCAGUUCAUUUCUGGUAUCGAGAAACUUGUAUUGAAUUUCAUCCACGAACAUUCCAAAAAGAGUAUCUCCUUUUUAUCGGAAAUGACGAUGGGUGUUGGAGUACAGUGGGACGAGAUGCAUCACAAGGAAAACAAGUUGUUAGUAUUGGAAACGGAUGUGAGCAUUUCGGAGUCACAUCUCAUGAGCUGGCACACGCAUUGGGAAUAUUCCACGAACAAUCAAGAUUUGAUCGGGAUGAAUCUGUAGUGUUCAAUCCAAGAGUCGUUGAAAGAGAUCUUUUAUUCAAUUUUGCAAAAAUAUCCCCUCGUCAAAUGUCGACUUACGGCUUGCCAUAUGAUAUUGGGAGCGUAAUGCAUUAUACUCCAACUGAAUUCUCAAACAUCCCUUCCAUACCAACGUUAGCUGCAAUCGACACAAAUCUUCAGCAAACAAUGGGUCAAUUGGAAGGACCUUCUUUUGUGGAUGUGCAUAUUAUGAAUCAACAUUAUCAGUGCCAAGAAAAGUGUCCAACUCAAGCUCCUUGCCAAAAUGGUGGCUUCACUAAUUCCCGUAACUGCAAAGUUUGCAAAUGUCCAACUGGCUUUGGAGGGGCUUACUGUCAACUCAUUGCUUCAUCAUUUUCCCCAUUCUGUGGUGGCUACCUAAACGCGGAAGAAACAACUCGAAGAUUUGAUAUCACUAUUCGCCAAUCGACAACUACAAGAUCGAAAACAUGUGUUUAUCACAUAAAAGCUCCAGAGGGAAAACGGAUUAUAAUUGACAUUCUGAAAAUAGACUCGAAGUGUAUUGAAGGAUGCUGGCAAGAUGGAUUAGAGUUGAAGAUGAAAAAGGAUUUUAGGCCCGUUGGGUAUAGAUUUUGCUGCCCUGAGUCAUCUCGUCGGAAAGUGAUAUCAGAAGGGAACAUGGUCCCUUUUAUGGUUUUCUCAAAAGAACAUGAUUUUUCGGUUUCAUUUGAGUACUCUUUUGUUUCCACCAGCGCAGGAUUUGACGACGAAAAGAAUGAUUCAGAUGUUAUCGUUGACAAUUUGGAUGGAGUUUUUGUGUCCGACACUUCCCUACUUCAAAGGAUAGGAUUUAGAAGACAGUUAUAGUUUUUGAUAAUUUUAUGAAAAUAUUCAAUUCUUUAUAUCAAUUUUUAGAAGUAUUUUAUUUUAUUUUAUUAUAUAAUGUGUCCUUUUUUCAAGAGCUUUACAAUCUGUUUUUGUCAUGUGCUUUCACUUUUUUAGAUUUCUAGAUAUUUAUCGAUAAAUGAUAAAAUGUCAAAAAGU